GACAAGGGUGGUGGCCGCUCUGGAGGUGCCCGGGGCGGUCCCCUCAAGGCCCCUCCGGGCUUACUCCGUCUUCCACACUGUUGAGCAGCUUUCCUACCUCAUGGCAGAGGAUAAACACUGUGGUCACAUCCAGGCAGACCCGGCCCAGACAGAGUCUUGCUAUGUUGCCCAGGCUUAUCUUGAAUUCCCAGCCUAAAGUGAUCCUCCCUCCUUGGCUUCCUGCUGCAUUAGGAUUACAGAAUUAGCACUGUGUCUUCUUCUCUCUUUUUCAACUGAAACUAAAAAGGAACAUUUUAAAAAGUGAAAGCUAUUUUUGAUAAACUAUCUUAAUUUCCCAUGAUCUGCAACUGUGGGUACAUAGGAAGUACAUGGAAACAGAUGUUUGGCAGAGCUUGCCAACAAAUUAUGUCCUGCAUCAAGAAGGCAUGCCACUCAGCAUGACACUCUUAAGAGGCAGAAAGGUGACAAAAGAAGGAUGUGAUCUGCUCCUGGUGAAGACAAAAGAAGGAUGUGAUCUGCUCCUGGUGAAGACAAAAGAAGGAUGUGAUCUGCUCCUGGUGAAGACAAAAGAAGGAUGUGAUCUGCUCUUGGUGAAGACAAAAGAAGGAUGUGAUCUGCUCCUGGUGAAGACAAAAGAAGGAUGUGAUCUGCUCCUGGUGAAGACAAAAGAAGGAUGUGAUCUGCUCCUGGUGAAGACAAAAGAAGGAUGUGAUCUGCUCCUGGUGAAGACAAAAGAAGGAUGUGAUCUGCUCCUGGUGAAGACAAAAGAAGGAUGUGAUCUGCUCCUGGUGAAGACAAAAGAAGGAUGUGAUCUGCUCCUGGUGAAGACAAAAGAAGGAUGUGAUCUGCUCCUGGUGAAGACAAAAGAAGGAUGUGAUCUGCUCCUGGUGAAGACAAAAGAAGGAUGUGAUCUGCUCCUGGUGAAGACAAAAGAAGGAUGUGAUCUGCUCCUGGUGAAGACAAAAGAAGGAUGUGAUCUGCUCCUGGUGAAGACAAAAGAAGGAUGUGAUCUGCUCCUGGUGAAGACAAAAGAAGGAUGUGAUCUGCUCCUGGUGAAGACAAAAGAAGGAUGUGAUCUGCUCCUGGUGAAGACAAAAGAAGGAUGUGAUCUGCUCCUGGUGAAGACAAAAGAAGGAUGUGAUCUGCUCCUGGUGAAGACAAAAGAAGGAUGUGAUCUGCUCCUGGUGAAGACAAAAGAAGGAUGUGAUCUGCUCCUGGUGAAGACAAAAGAAGGAUGUGAUCUGCUCCUGGUGAAGACAAAAGAAGGAUGUGAUCUGCUCCUGGUGAAGACAAAAGAAGGAUGUGAUCUGCUCCUGGUGAAGACAAAAGAAGGAUGUGAUCUGCUCCUGGUGAAGACAAAAGAAGGAUGUGAUCUGCUCCUGGUGAAGACAAAAGAAGGAUGUGAUCUGCUCCUGGUGAAGAGCCACCUGACUCUCCCUCAGCUGUACAUAGUGGCCUUAACGUGCAUCUUGCUAGAAGGGGCAUGCAAGCCAGGGGCUGCCAGCCAAGCCAUACAGGCCAAGGGCAGUUUCAAGUCCAUCUUUUACUUCAUCGAACUGUUCUAGUAAGCAGCUAGAGUUUUAUGAACACUGUAAACUCUUUAUCAUAUUUCUUUGCUAUUUCUGGAGGAUUUGUUCUAGGAGUCCUCUUGUAUACCAAAAUGCAUGGAUACACAAGUUCUUUAUAUAUAAUGGCAUAGUAUUUACAUAUAACUUAUGCAUAUUCUCCUGCAUACUUUAAAUCUUCUCUAGAUUACUUUUAAUACCUAAAUUGUUGUUAUACUGUAUUGUUUAGGGAAUAGUGAAAAGAAAAAUAAAAUUCUGUAAAUGUUCAGUACAGAAACAUUACUAAAAAUAUUUUUGAGGCUCAUUUGUUGAAUCCAGGAAUGCAGAACCAAUAAAUAAGUAGGGCCAGCUCG